CCGACCCGCUUCUAACCCCGACGGCCCGGACACGGCCCCCUCGGUCCUCCCCCUUCUUCGUCGUCCCGGCCGAAGGGGGGGCCCGACACCCACGCCCCCAACCCCGAUUCCCACCGCCUCGGCCUCCGGCGCCGCGGCCGGGCACUCUCACCGCAGCUCGCCGCCGCCGAGCACGAAGCCCGCGCGGUCCCUCCCUCUGCCGGAUCCUCCACCCCACGCGACGCUCCUCAGCCCACUGCUGCGUGCCGGUGCUCGUGCCCACAGCGCCGCUCCUCUCUCGGAAGUCUAGUGGGGCGAAGAUCCGCCUGGGAUAGGGCCGAUUCCUUCUCGCGCCGGGAAUAUAUGAGAUCUGCCAGUGGUCCGCUAAUUGUACAUGCCUUCCUCAGUGACAAGUAUCUUCAUAUUGCGUCGGAUUAUCAAUAAUGGGAGAGAAUAAAUGGAUGGGAAAAAGGUGGGAGGACAUGGACACUGAUGUCCUCGUGAAGAUAUUCAAGGAGUUGAAUUUGGUUGAGCUGUCACCAGUAUCUCAAGUUUGUCGUUUGUGGCGUUUGGCCUGUUCAGAUCCGCUUAUUUGGGGCACUCUUGACUUUGGAUUGUUAAAAUCCAAUUUUAUUCAAACAAGAGCAUCACCAUAUAUUUGGGUUGAUGAUAGGUCUGACAAGAGACUUGCAAGAAUACUACGGGUGGCUAUGGCAAUUAGCUAUGGAAAUGUGAAUUGCAUGAUAUUCCAUUACAAUUUGUACAUGAAGGAUGAGCAUCUUCAUUUCAUCUCAGAAAGGUCUCCUCACCUGAAACGAUUGGUUAUGCCAGCAUGGAACCGCAUCACCAAAUUGGGAAUAUGUCAAGCUAUUCAAAGGUGGGAAGAGCUGGAGUCCUUGACAAUGCCUACCAUCGGCCAUCCUCCGUAUAUUAUGGAAGAGAUAGCCAGGAGCUGCAAGAAUUUCACAGAACUCAAGAUCAUGGGCUCAUUUGACCACCAAUUUGCUUUGGCGAUUUCGCAAUACCUUCCAAAGCUGAAAGUGUUGAGCCUUCGUUGCUCGAAAGUGACCAUGGAUGCACUGCUCUCUUUACUGAACUCGAUGGAAUAUCUUGAGGUUCUGAAUAUUUCCCACUGCCUGCUGUUGGGCAUUGCUGUAAACGGGCGUAGGCAAGUGGUCCAUGAGCUGGAUGACCAAACUCUCGAGAAAGCUUCACGACUGCGUGAAUUCCACUACUGCCAGAGCAGGUCGUGCAUCGCAUGCCAACGGAUGAUGGUGGAUGAAGGCAUCAUGCGUUGGUAUAGGUAUGAGGAUUGGUUUUGGCGCCGGGAUGAGGUGAGGUCGCUUGAUCUGCAAGAUUAUGGGAAACUGUUUGAUGCUGAUUGCGAGAGGCUGACAUCUGUGGAUUAGAUGCUAAUCAGGAAAUAAAACCCAUCUCCUCAGUCCUCGUUGUAGAAACUUGUUGACCUACCAUUCAUAAAUCAUAGCAAGCACUGAGCUGUAACAGUAGAGAAAUAACAUCGACAGUGCGUGCAUGGUGUGUGUAGCUAAUGCUGUAAAUACUUGAAUAGUUUGUCCUGUAUGAAGGUGUCGUGAUAGUCUCUAUGGGAGUUUGCAACCCUGGACCAUAUGCUUUCAAAUUGUUGCAUUGGACAUCAGUUGAUAGUAUUGGUUUUAUGCACGGUAA